ACGGCCUGAAUUGUACCUGCCUCUAACCUGUCUUCAUCAGGCACUUAGCAUUCUCAGGAGUCACAUUAUCAUUAUAUUUCUCAACAUGCGCCUUAUAGACGCAAACGACACGAUCGGAUACAAGAUCCACGAGUUCUUCGGAGCCGAUAUCCCGAAAUAUGCGAUUCUCUCUCAUACAUGGGCUAGUGAUGACCAGGAAGUCACUCUUCGGGACAUGCAACAGUUGGAUGAUAAUAUCAGAACGAAAGAAGGGUUCCAGAAAGUCGUAUCUACUUGCAAGCAAGCUAGGUUGGAUGGGCUGAAUUGGGCGUGGGUGGACACGUGCUGCAUCGAUAAAACCAGCAGUGCUGAGUUGACAGAGGCCAUCAACUCCAUGUAUACAUGGUAUUGUGAGGCUAGUCUAUGCUACGCAUACCUCGCUGAUGUGCCCCCUAUUGCUGAUCCGUUUGCCGAGGGAUCGGCUUUCAGAAACAGUCGUUGGUUCACUCGGGGCUGGACUCUUCAAGAGCUGAUAGCCCCAAAGGAGAUUCAUUUUUACAACCGGGAUUGGAAAUUUAUUGGAGCCAAGCAUUCCCCCGAGUCAUCGCAGCAUCCACAUAUCAAAAAUAAAGCAUGGGGACGCUUGGACAAGUUGCUCGAGGACAUCACAGGCAUCCCCGAAAAAUGCCUGGCACAACACAAGAGUCUGUACUCCUACAGUGUAGCCCAGAGAAUGUCCUGGGCAUCGAGGAGGCAGUGCAAAAGAGUGGAAGAUAUUGCAUAUUCCUUGCUAGGGAUCUUCGAUGUCAACAUGCCCCUCCUAUAUGGAGAAGGACCGAGGGCUUUCGUCAGAUUACAGGAGGAGAUUAUGAAGGAGAUUGACGACCACUCGCUGUUCGCUUGGACUAUUCCAGAUCAUGAAAGUAUCUCGUUCAAAGUGGACAGUAUAUUCGCCCAGUCCCCAGCCAAAUUUGCUCACUCCCAUGACAUCAUCCCUGUCGACGAGGAAGUCGGAGAAUUGUCUGCUAUGACGAAGAAGGGGUUGCGAAUGACUCUGCGCUUGAGACCUGUGGCUUCCUCCCAGAUAGGUCAGGGAAACGUGAAGCACUUGACCCAUCAUGCCAUUCUCAAUUGCGCCCGAGAAAGAGAAAAGGCUCGAAGAAUUGCUAUAAUUCUAAUCCCCGAUGCCGCCUCAAAAACCGAUCAAGCUUCUUGGAUAUUCUAUCGGUGUGUCACAAAAGAACAUGUUACCCUGGACCCCGAUAUACUUUAUGACCCGGAUGACUGCCAUACAGUAUAUAUCCGCAAAAAAGUACCACCGGAGAUAAUACAGGUGUUCUCUCCCUUGGCGUCUUCCAGGUCAAGCCUGCGACAUGAUUAUUCCGGUCUAGACUCGCUGACAAGCAUCUACAACUUGGCGUCCGUGUUGAUAGAUCUAGGCAACCCUGAAGAAGCGGAAGCAUUACAUCGACGGGCGCUACAGCGGGAGCUGAAGGAGCUGGCACAAGAGCAUCCCUCGACCCUAACGGCGCUUAGCGACCUAGCUGCAAUACUGGGGGUUCGCGGAACGGCCGAAGAAGCAGAAGUGUUGAAUCGGAACUCAAAAAAUGGAAGGCAAAAGAUACUGCCAGCUAGUCACCUUGAUACAAUAGAAAGAUUUGAUAGUUUGGGAUCCAUGCUAUGGACUUUGCACAGGCUUGAGGAAGCAGAGGCAGUAUGCCGGCGGACGCUCGAAUGGAAGGUGAAGGAAUUGGGCCAGAGACAUAUCUCCACACUUGCAACCACUCACAACCUAGCCGUAGUGCUGCAGGCUCUUGGCAGGCUCGAGGAAGCAAGCUCUUUAUACCGACAAGCACUAGAGGGAAGGGAAAAGGCUCUAGCAGUUCAUCAUCCUGAUACCCUAACAAGCAUUGACGGUUUGGCAUCAGCCUUGCGAGAUCGGGGCAGGCUCAAAGAGGCAGAAGCCUUAUAUCGAGAAGCCCUGAAGCGGACGAAGGAGGGCCUGGGGCAAAGUGAUCCUUCUAUACCGAUACGAUCUGAGAACCUAGCAGGCGUGCUACAGGCCCUUGGCGAGAUCAGACAGGCAGACGCAAUCCGUCGUCGCGAGAAGCUUAACGCAGCCAUUGGAUAUCUAUCUGUGCCUCUCAAAAGUCGAUCUAUACUAGUUGGUACAGAAGCCACGAUAUCAGAAACGCAGAGUUCGUGGUGGGACUGUAUGAAUAAUUUCGCGACUUUCAUUCAAACAAUUCCCGAUAAGUGCUCCCAUCCAGUUAAAAUUGCAGUCAUUGGCAACGGCAUCGACGAGUCUCCAGAUACCCCAGAUAGAAGAAUCGUUUGGAGCAAAUCAUUCUGUUCACCGGGUUUCACGGAAAGAUUUCUUAUAGAACGAUAUAGAAAUGUGACCACAAUGGCGACAAUUAUCGGCCAGGUCUGCCCCAAAUCGCAACUAUAUACUGCCGACAUCGAACACACUGCAGAAUCGGUCGCAAGCGCGAUCAAAUGGGCAGUGAAAUGUGCAGUAGACAUAGUUUCUGUGGACUGGAUGCCUGCUGAAGUCCCCGGUUGUCUCGCCUUCGCAUUCCUGAGGGCCCAGGAGGCGGGCAUUGCCAUUAUCCACUCGAAUGGCGGGAAACCCCCAUAUCAUCCGGGACUUAUAACAGUAUGCCCUUCCGGCCCCCUUCGAUCCGUCAUACCUCUAGGUUAUGAGGUAUAUCUCUUCCCAGGGUCGAACGUUCCAGUCAAAAGUAGCAAUGGAAUUUCACGACAGUCGGGGGGCCAUGUUGCAACCGCAAUUGCUUCGGGCUUCGCUGGCUUACUCCUCUACUGCAAAAUCCUGGUAGAGGCAGAAGUGAUAGAUACAAGAAGGCGCUCAGGCCAGGAAACUAUCUUGGCGAUGUUACGGCGUAUGACAAGAGACUACACUAGAGUUCCACAGGUGUGGGACUACUUGGAAUUGCAAUUCAAACAAGAAGUAUUGUCCGAGGGACCCAAGUCCCAGCAGAGUAUGAAUUCAUUGAAAGUCAGCGAUUUAGUUUGGUCUGAACAGACAAAGAAGGCCUUGACAAAGGUGGUAGGGCGGCUGUUGAUCGGGAGUUCAUAUGGGAGCUGACUUGCUAUCUGCACGAUGACAAAUUAGGGUUUACAAUUGAAG